AUGGCGAACUCACAGUCCCCCGCGGAAGACUCGAUGGUCCCUGCCACUCCUCCCUACGCGCGCACUCGCUCAGCAGACAGUAUGAACAAAUCCUCUUAUGCAUCUCCUCCACCAAUGUCAGCCUCUAUGACCCCACCUCCGUCUACGCAGCCGCCUCGAUAUCAGUCUCCCGUCAAUCGCAUAAGCGCUGCUCCCAUCGACGCCUUGCUUGCCUCACCUCCGCAAACUGCUAUCCGAUCAAAUGUCCUUGGCGCUUUGCCAACCCCAGAUGCGAUCGCAAAAGCGGAGAUCGAAGAACUGCGAAGCAUGGCCACAGAUUUGGUCGCAGCAGUCCGCGAAGCGCGAACCUCAGCCGCUCAUUUCAAACUGCAGCACAGCCUUCUAGCUAUGGAGGCGGAUCAGGCUGCGCAACGAGCUGAGGUUGAACAACAGAUGAGUCGCCGGGAAAUCGAGGUCCUUCAAACCGCUGAAUACAGGCAGCGCGCAUCCAUGCAGUCACGAAACUCAGUCGCGCCGCCCCAACCUCAGAUCGAGGCGUUGACCAAAACAUGCCGGGCUUUGGAGGAGGAGCGUGACGAGGUAGAGAAACGACUGGCGCGAGCAAAGAAGCUUGUCGAGUUGCAGAGUGAUCGAAAUGAAUUGCUUGAAGAGGAAAACGCUCUACUGAAAAGGCGAAUUCGCGAGAACAGAGAGCACUUCACCAGGUUCAAAAGCCUGUCGCCAUCGUACACCACCCCUCGCGACACCUUCACGACGCCUCACCGGAAGCCCGUGCCUCGUUUUCCAGAGUCUGCACCUGCAGCGAACCAUUCAAACAUUGCAGCCCUUCUUGCCGCUGAUCAAGUACUCAGUGGAGAGAGUGCCAGCGUCCCUUCAACGCCCACCAGGACCCACACCUCCAAAUUCAAGCAUGGCCACACUCGUGGAGCUCAUUCACUGUCGUCCCUUCAGACUACACCUGUACAAGUUAGACCUGCCACGAACGACGGCUACCCAGCUUCUGUGGUACCCUUUUCCGCACCCUCUUCUCAAAUGGUGCUUGAGUCAGCAGAAAGAGAGCGUCAUGACCGCGAUAGCACUAUUUCCAUAUCUGAUGCCGAAGAAGGCAACAACGACGAUAGCAUUCCAGAGUCUCAGGCCAGUUCAAUGGCGAGCGAUAUGUUGCGACGAAACCCAGGUUCUCAGGAGAGCUUGAGGCUGUCUCAAGGCGCAGAACGCUCAAGCAAUCUACUUCAAAGCAAGAUAUUUGGUCCCAUCAAGAAAGCUGGUCAGCCCAGAAAACGAGGGGCGAGUUUUGGAGAGUCUGACAUCAAGGCGAAGAAGGCAAAACUUUCUCAAGGAGUGGGACUUGGAAUUGGGUCUUGGAGUCAGGCUUGA